GUUUGUUUCACAACACAACAACAGAAGAUCUACUCAAAAUAAACGCGAAGUCGUGCUCACGAUCGAACUACAUCGCACUUGCAUGUACCUUCAUGUUCCAGUUGUUGUAGUAUGAACAUAUCGAGUUGGUGUGGGCGGACUUCUAGUAAGUGAGAGAGAGGCGAACGCUGCCCUGGUCAUAAAAUGGGGAACUGCUGCACUGGUGGCGAGAGUCACCAAGACCGCCAGCCGAUCAAUGAUGAACGCACGGGGUUAUUGGGACCUCGGCCCGUCACCUCUGCACCCAUUGACACUACAACUGAUUAUGGUGCAGCGACCAAUACUCCAUCAAUCUCUAAGAAUGAUGAACAGGCCCAACUGAGUCGUAUUCUGCAGGACACCGCUGACAAUGUCAUUGAUGUGUCAGCAGUUGAGCCGCAUAGCAUGGGAGAGCAAGAAUAUCGUGACCGGCAACGGCAUUACAGCAAUCGCAGACUGGCAGCUAGUACCAGUAACCAUGGCCCAAGAAGCACAGCAAGAACAGACUUCCCACCAGGACAGACAGCGCCGGUGGAGGUCCUAUCAGCUCCCCCCGUGUCUGUCAGCGAUGUACGAUUCAUGCACGGCCUGACUUCGGCAGUUUCCGAUGCACUAGGUAGCGUUGCCGUCAAGUCCACGGAGCCAAUUGUGGUCCAGUUUUAAUUCCUUUUUUUAUUAAUGCCGCCCAUGUUUUAGUCUUUUACGGAUGUUGCAAAAAUGCUGAGUCGUUGACUUGUCUUUUGGGUGGCCAGUCCGUGCGAAAUCCCUUGUCACUUAGCAAACAUCCCAUCUGUAGCAGCUGCUUUUUUUCGCAGGUGCACUGCAGUUUUAGUGACGCCAUGCGACCUAGGAACUAUUCUGCGUUGGUGCUGGUUGCACCAGCUGUGCACUCGCGCAGUGAUUGUGUUUAGUUUGGCGGGCAUUACUGACGCCCUUUUGAGGUGUGUUCACGCGCACUCUUGUUCAACUUUACCCUGCCUUCAUAAAACGAUCUUGAGUAAUCUCUUCACAACAUGUCAUGCCGAGUCAAGAAUUAUUUCAGUUGUAUCACAAUAAUAAUUAUGUCUGCAUGAUUUUCAUAUUUCCCUUUAUUUUCUUGUACAUUUUAGUAGAAACAGCAGCUAAUGCUGCUAUCCCAAUUUCAUAUCCAGAACAUGCUUACCGCUGUGUGAACGUCAUUAAAUACGUAUCAUUGUUUGUGCAGCCAGA